UAACUCCUAUUUAAAAUGAAAAGUCUUUGAAUCCUAACGGCUGAGCGCUGGGAAGGACUCCGCGCCUCUGCGUCGGAGGCAGGGGUCAGCCGGCAUCAUGGAAAGAUCCAAAGAAAACUGCAUUUCAGGGCCUAUUAAGGCUGCAGCUCUACUUGGUGAUGGCCCCAAACGUGUUCCAGUGACUCAGCAUUUUCCUUCUCAGAAUCCGGUGUCUGCGUGUAGUGGCCAGGCCGAGCGGGUCUUGUGUCCUUCAAAUUCCUCCCAGCGUGUCCCGUCACAGGCACAGAAGCUCCUCCCUGCUCAGAAGCCUGUGCAGAAGCUGAAGCAGGCACAGGCGGCCAGUGUGCCUCGACCUGUCUCCAAGCCACCAAAUAACACCCCGAAGAGCGAACAGCCCCCACCGUCAGCACCCGGAAAUAAUCCUGAAAAGGAACUGACAUCAAACCAGAAAAAUGAAGAAUCUAAAAAAAGGCAGUGGACUUUGGAAGAUUUUGACAUUGGUCGUCCACUGGGUAAAGGAAAGUUUGGUAAUGUUUACUUGGCAAGAGAGAAACAAAGCAAGUUUAUCUUGGCCCUCAAAGUGUUGUUUAAAGCUCAGCUGGAGAAAGCAGGCGUGGAGCAUCAGCUCCGAAGGGAAGUGGAAAUCCAGUCCCACCUGCGGCAUCCUAAUAUUCUCAGACUCUAUGGCUACUUCCAUGAUGCCACCCGAGUGUACCUGAUCCUGGAGUAUGCACCGCUGGGAACCGUCUACAGAGAGCUUCAGAAACUUUCCAAGUUCGACGAGCAGAGAACUGCUACCUACAUCACCGAGUUGGCAAACGCCCUGUUGUACUGUCAUUCAAAGAGAGUUAUUCAUAGAGAUAUUAAACCCGAGAACCUGCUUCUUGGAUCAGCUGGGGAGCUGAAGAUUGCAGACUUUGGGUGGUCGGUGCACGCUCCAUCCUCCAGGAGGACCACGCUAUGUGGCACGCUGGACUACCUGCCUCCCGAGAUGAUUGAGGGCCGCAUGCAUGACGAGAAGGUGGACCUCUGGAGCCUGGGAGUUCUUUGCUACGAGUUCUUAGUUGGGAAGCCUCCUUUUGAGGCAAACACAUACCAGGAGACCUACAGAAGAAUAUCACGGGUUGAAUUCACAUUCCCUGACUUUGUAACAGAGGGAGCCAAGGACUUCAUUUCAAGGCUACUGAAGCACAACCCCAGUCACAGGCCCACUCUGGCUGAAGUACUUGAGCACCCAUGGGUCAAAGCGAAGUCAUCGAAACCCUCCAGCUGCCCAAACAAAGAGCCCGCCAGCAAACAGUCUUAAUCAUGCAGGGGCGGAAUCCUCGAGCCAGGGCUGCUGCGUAACCCAUCUGCCAGGAACACGCUAUGGAGUUUGUCCUGCGGAGCACUACGGGGAACGCCUGCCUUGCUGGGCGAGCGAGCGGUGCCUCCACCUCUGCCGCCUCCUCCAGCUCUGCUUCAGUAGACUCGGCACUCUGGAGUCAAAGCAGCCACGAGAGUCGUGCGACCUCUACCGAUUUCACCGCCUGGAGGCAAGGUUUAUCUGUGCUGGACAAGGGGUCCCUGUGGGAGACAAAUCUGGUGUCUGCUUGUGGGCAGGUGACCACUUGCCCUGACUUGAUUGGCUACAUAGCUGUACAGGAGUCUUGCUAGUACCUGAGUGUCUGUGUAACUUAUUGGGUGGCCAAGGCCGCUAGAGCUGUUGGAAUGAAUAUGUGAUUUCUUUUAAGUGUUAAAAUAAAGAUUUUCAGAUCGACGUGGAGUUUUUCUCCUGUGGCAUCUCCUCGGUGCUCUCCAUGUCUGUCAGUGCGGUUUCUGGUCCUCGGUCACCUUGGGAGUGGGAAUGUGUGCUCUACCUCGAUCUCAGGACUUGCUUGGGACACAGAAGAGAAUAAGUGUCUUGGAGCUGUUUUAAAUGUUAAGGGCUCACUUUUCUGCAUCAGAGUUAUGGCAUAUGUGUAAACUCUAAAUACAUAAAUAAAAUGUCUACCUAUA